CCUGAUUGCUGGUCACUGUUGGUCUUGUUUCGUCUGUUUCGUCUCGUGGGUUGGAAGUUGGUGGUGGUGGUGGGUGGAGGUUCUCAUUUGAGAUCAGAAGGACUGAAGCAGAGAAUACACAGUUGUGGAGUAAUAUUUGUUCUGCAAAUUUGAGUUGCAGAAGGAAAAUAUACAGAAAUGGCAAGCGAAGUUUCUCUAUUGAAACUUUGCAAAGGUAUUUUCGGACAGGUUCGACAUGUCCAUGCGACAGCUGCUGUAGCUGCUCAGGCUGCAAGUAAUCCCCGUCUGAAGAAGUUUAAUAUAUAUCGAUGGAACCCUGACAAACCUGAUGAGAAGCCACAGAUGCAAGAAUAUCAGGUUGAUUUGAAUGCGUGUGGGCCAAUGGUUUUGGAUGCAUUAAUUAAAAUAAAGAAUGAAGUUGAUCCGACUCUUACGUUUCGACGCUCGUGCAGGGAGGGCAUUUGUGGUUCUUGUUCCAUGAAUAUUGGAGGUAUUAACACCCUGGCUUGCAUCAGUAAAAUUGAUACGAAUCUGGACAAGGCAACAAAGAUUUACCCUCUUCCGCAUAUGUAUGUGAUUAAAGAUUUGGUGCCUGAUAUGAACAAUUUUUACAUUCAGUAUCGAUCCAUUCAACCCUGGCUGCAACGUAAUAAUGAAGCUGCCAGUGGUACACAGCAAUAUCUUCAGUCAGUGGAUGAUCGUAAGAAAUUGGAUGGUUUGUAUGAAUGUAUUCUUUGUGCCUGCUGCAGUACAUCAUGUCCUUCCUAUUGGUGGAACGGUGACAAGUAUCUGGGACCUGCUGUUCUUAUGCAGGCAUAUCGUUGGAUUAUUGAUUCAAGAGACGAGGCUACUGAGGAGAGGCUGAAUAAGCUGCGGGAUCCGUUUUCUGUGUACAGAUGUCAUACAAUCAUGAACUGUACCAAGACUUGCCCCAAAGGUCUUAAUCCAGGAAAGGCAAUUUCUGAGAUCAAAAAGCUGCUUUCUGGCUUUGCAAAGAAGGACAAGCCAGGCUUGGAUACAGCUGCUUUGCACAAUUAGGCACUGCUGAAAGAAGUGAACUCUGAAUAGUUGAGAGUGUUCUCAUUUUAUGCUUGGUUUAUUUAUUUUAAAGUAUUGUACAGAUCAUGAAGCAAUAAAUGUUGAUUGUGGUGGGUUGAAUUGUUGUCUUUGUUAAAAAUAAUUUAGCAACCUAUAAAUCAAGAUUAAUACAUUUUCAAUUGAAAUAUUUAUCUGCAAGGGAAUAUAAUUAUAGUUCUUGAAGGACUUCAAUGAGAAUAAAUUGUUUUCAAAACAUUACAAUUCUUUCCAAGUUCUGUUAGUUAUGUCAUAGGAAAUUGUUAAAGAUAAUGGCAAUCUCAUGUUAUAUUCAUUGUAACUGGGAAUUAAUUGUGUAUGUUAGAGAACAAAAAUUAAAAUAUGGAAACAGUCUGUGUUUUUAAAGAAAUU